AUCCGAGCCUUUUAGGAGGAAGAAGAGAAUUAUCUGCUCCGAUUUUUUUUUUUCCUGCCAGCGAGAGUGCGACAGACUUGCGAUGGUUGAAUGUCAAUGCCUGUGAGAGAGAACAACAGUCAGAGGAGGAGGAGGACAGAAGGGGAGGAAAAUGAAGGUGGGGACGGUGGUGGAGAGAAAGAAGGAGCCUCGUCCAAUGCAUCAAAAGGAGGUCCCUGCAAUUGCUGAUAGAGCCCUGGCCGCCUCGCCAUCCACAAUGGUCUGUACAAGCUGCCAAUGCGUUUGAUGACGUUCCUGUUUUGUGAAAGGAGGAAAGGAAACGUGACCAUGUAAGAUCCACGUUUCCCCGGUCAAUUACAUGCGAAGAAUAGAUCCGAUUUCGACGGGUUUUUUUGGUCCAGAGUGGUAACAGCUUAGGGAAUAAUACAGCCACCUUCCCUCACCAAUUUCGCUCUGAUUUUUUUGGUGUGGUCCAGACAGCUGCUGGAAUAGAGAAGGACUUUUAAUAUUUACAAUGAAAUCUUUUAAAGGCAACGGGGAAAUCUGAAGCCACCUGGGAGUACAGUGUUGGAAACGUAGGGUGUUUUCCCACAAACAAUGUGAAGGUCUUUUUUGUCAAAGAGGCAAUUUUGAUAAUAACAACAGCUACCAAUUUUGCAUUUUAAUAGCCAGACCGGCUGCUAUUUUGUCUGGGUGCACACCGGGUCUCGUGCGAUCAGGUUUUAUUUUUUAAUUGAAAAAAAAUUAUUAAAAAAUAGAAGAAAAAGGAAAAUUACUUGAGAUGCCAAAUACUGUCGAGAGAACCAUAUUCUCCCUCCUCCCCACACCCACCGGAGACGUGGACCCUUCUUUUUUACAGGCUUAGGAGUUGCGAGAGCCGAUCAGGGGCUUUCUCCCGAGCCCGCCGCCCGCGCCCCCGGACCCUCGGGCGUGGGAGAUUUAUUUCCUCCUCCCGCUGAUUUCUACACAAACUUGUGGAGGGGGGUUAAGAAUCCCCCAGGAGCGCAGAGUCGGGUUUGGUUUGGGGUUUUUUUUUGUGGUUUCUUUUUUUUUUUUUUUUUUAAUUGUCAUCCUCGCCGGCUUUCAGCGGGCUGCCGGGGAUUUCACCCCCUCGCCCUCCGGCUCUGCUUUUGUCCUUUCCCCGCCGGCCAGCGCAGCCCCCCGCCCCCCCCCUCCCCCCGAACAGGCACUGAGGCCGCAGCGGAGCCCCCCCGGCCGCGGGGCGCCCGGCUCCUGCCCUUUUCUUUCCCACCCCGUCCCCGCCUGCCAAGGAAAGGCACAUGUUAAUACCACCCGGCGCGGUCAUUUUCUGCUACUGCUGCUGCGGGCUCCUCCGUCCGAGACAGAUGUUGCGAAACCAAGGCCUCCUCAAGUGCCGCUGCCGCAUGCUCUUCAAUGACCUGAAGGUCUUCCUGCUGCGGAGACCCCCCGCGCCGCCGCCGCCCUCCCCGCCGCCGCCGCUCCCCAUGCCCGGCGGCGCAGAGGCGGCGGCGGCGGGCGGCCCGGCGGGGGCCGCACCGACCGGGGGGCGCGGGCCCGGCUGGCGGGCGGCGGCGGCGGGCGGCGGCGGCGGCGGCGGCGGCGGAGCGGGCAGCCCGGCCGCCGAGGAGUGGGGCAGCCCCGCCGGGGAGCCGCCCGCCUCCCUGCCCAGCAGCACCUCCUCGGAUGACUUCGGCAAGGGCAAGGCCGAGGACCGCUACUCGCUGGGCAGCAGCGUCGACAGCGGCAUCCGCACCCCGCUCUGCAGGAUCUGCUUCCAGGGGCCCGAGCAGGGGGAGUUGCUGAGCCCGUGUCGAUGCGAUGGAUCGGUGAAGUGCACGCACCAGCCAUGUCUGAUCAAAUGGAUUAGCGAGAGAGGCUGCUGGAGCUGUGAGCUGUGUUACUACAAGUAUCACGUCAUUGCCAUAAGCACAAAGAACCCUCUGCAGUGGCAGGCCAUCUCUCUGACAGUCAUUGAGAAGGUUCAGAUAGCAGCGGCCAUCCUGGGUUCACUCUUCCUCAUCGCCAGUAUCUCGUGGCUCAUCUGGUCGACCUUUAGUCCUUCGGCCAAAUGGCAGCGCCAGGACCUGCUCUUCCAGAUCUGCUAUGGAAUGUACGGCUUCAUGGACAUUGUCUGUAUAGGUCUAAUAAUACACGAAGGGCCCUCGGUUUACCGGAUUUUUAAACGGUGGCAGGCGGUCAAUCAGCAGUGGAAAGUGCUGAACUAUGACAAAACAAAGGACAUGGAGGAACAAAAAACAGGGACCAGGACAAAUCAGCGCCCCUCCUCCCAAACCACCCACUCGUCCUCCACUGGUGGUACAGCCACUAACUCCGCUCCAGCCGACAGCGGGGCACGGGCUGCCGGCCAUGCCACAGGCACCCUCUCUGACCACCACUGUGCUUAUACCAUCCUGCAUAUACUCAGCCACCUGAGGCCUCACGAACAGAGGAGUCAGUCUAGUAGUAACAGAGAGCUCGUCAUGAGGGUCACGACGGUCUGAGCCGAGGAAUUCAGGAGGCCUUAACAAGAAGCGGAGGAGACAAAGAACUCAUAAAGCAGAGGAGCAUGGUGUGCCUUUUUCUUUCUCUUUCCUUUUCUUUUCUUUUUUUCUUUUUUUUUUUUUCUCCUCCUCUCCUUUUCUUUUUUGGUAACUGCACAAGAUAUAAGAGGCGGCACCUGGCCAGCUGAGGAAAAAAGCAGGUGGAGGGAGAGCUGCACACUCAUGCUAAAGAGGUUAAUGUUUUCCAGCCAGUUUAAAAAAAAAAAAAAAAGAAAAAAAAACAACAACACAAAUCACAAAAAAACCAACAAAACAAGUGCAAUACAGACUACAAACUGAGUAGGCAGAGUUCUGGGGAAGCAGAGGAACAGACGGCUUAGCAUGUCUUAUAAAUCCUAUUACCUGGAAUAGGUAAUGCUCUGUACACACCCCCCGUACACACACACACGUGCACACAAACACACACACACACACACACACAGUGUGAGAUUUAUAAAAACAAGGAAGGGAACAAAAUAUUUGGAGUAUUUUUAUUGUCCAGACUCUAAUUAACCAGGGCUAUGAGUUGUUUUGUUUCCUGAGUCACUCUGGAGCCUUGUUCGAUUUACCAUAAGAUACCUGAAGUGAAAUGGCUGGGGAUUUUUCAGUAUUGAUUUACAGAAAGAGAGAUUGAAUCAUCCCACCAAGAAAAUCUAACAAAACCCAGGCGUACCCAAAUUUCACCAAAAUCCUGUUUUUUCAUAAUGUUCCUGACAAGGGGUUUGUGAGGGAGGAAUAGGGAGGGGGGAGGGCACUCCAUGAACUUUAUUCAACAUAUAGGCAUUUUUGGCAAAUUUUGUACAAACACUCAGCAGGUGUUUCAAGCACAAGUACUGGUGUGAUUUAUGCCUUCAUAACCCCAAAUCCAGCAUCCAAAUCUUGCCACUCACACACAUCAUUUUCCAUGCAGACUUUCCAGAUUAAUUUCCUUUCAUUUUACUCUGAUCACAAGAAGCUGAUCCCUCUUGCUGGGUUUCUGCUUCCUUGCUGAUUCAGACACUCAUGCAUUACAGAUGUACAUCUUUUUUUUUUGGUGUCUGUAUCCCUGCUGCUCGAUUUGCAACAGUCUCACUCAGUCUUGUAGGCUGAGCCUUUCACAUCCAGUCUGUUAGUUUAUUACAGAGUCUAUUCCAUUCAAUCAUUCAAGAGAGAGUUAGUCUGAAGAGGGAGCACAGUUGCUGAUUGAAUAUGUAACACUUCUAAUAAGUCUCCUUCUCUGGGAUAUGUCCUCGAAGGUACUGGUUGCUCUUCAGGAACAUUCUCUUUCAAUGCACAAUGGCUGAAUCAUCUGUGGAUAUUAAAGGGACACUGUCAAGUACUUUUAAAAUAGUUUUUAGGGUUUGGGCUUUUUUUACUCUCCAUUGUUUGUAAUAUUCUCUUACAAGCUUGAAAAUAAAAUUUCUUUCCCUACCGA